GUCCACCACGUGAAACAAACUCAUUUCUCGCGCCUUGCCCAACGCUGUAGUCUUAAAAAGGUGAAACAGGUCCACCACGCCAGUAUAUAAAGACUUUGGCACCAGGACCGGCACACACACCUGCUUGCCUGCACUCACCUGCGACAUGAACACUCAGCUGGUCACCGUCCUGGCCCUGGCCGCCGCCGCCGCCGCCUCCGCCGCCAGGCCAAACUACAACUUCGGGUACGCGGUGAGGGACGGACGCUCCGGCAACGACUUCGGCCACCAGGAGACCCGUGACCUGGACAGCACCGUGGGCUCCUACCACGUCUAUCUUCCCGACGGCCGCCUGCAACAGAUCUCUUACCGCGUCCACGGCGGCAGCGGCUACCUGGCCCAGGUCACCCACAAGGGCGAGGCUCGCUUCCCUGACUCUGGCUCAUAUGAGUCUUCUGAGUCUCGAGAAGUCCACAGGCCGCGCUACUCCACUGACUCCCUAGAGUCCCGUGAAAGAAGAGUCUUUGUUGCUCCCAACUUCCACUUCUCCUCCAGGCCCAGAAGCGGCUCAUUCUUCACCGCUCCCAGGCUGCGCGCGCCCACCAGGUACGGCACUUCAUUCUUCAGACUCGGCGCCGCUGGAUCCGACGAGUCUUACGAACACCGCUUCGAUUCCAGCGACUCUCACGAACACCGCUUCGAUUCCAGCGACUCUGGAGAACACCGCUUCGAUUCCAGCGACUCUGGAGAACACCGUUUUUACUCCAGUGACUCUGGCAAACACCGCUUUGAUUCCAGCGACUCUCGCGAACACCGCUUCGAUGCCAGCGGGUCUUUCGAACACCGUUUCGGCUCGAGGGACUCUCUGGAAUUCCCCUUCAAGCACAGGAAGUCUGGAAGGAACUUCCUGAGGCUCGGCUCCCGCACCUACUACUAUUGAUGGCGCUGCAGCUCUCUCACCCACUCACUCGCUGGACUCACGCCACCCCCAGGACUUCUCAUACCAAGGAUCUGUUAUUUAUUUAGUUUAUUUAUGGAUUACUAAUGAUUGGAAUUGUAGAGUAAAAGUAGUGACAGACAA